UUAUCUGACCUCUUUUAAAACACCUAGAUUAUUUUUUUUUUGGUACAAUGCUCAACCAAUGUUUGAUAAAAUGCAUUAAAGAAGUGCCUUGAGAUUGAAUGUAAUAUAGGAUUCUCAUUAGAUUUUGUUGGUGGGUUUUGUUUAUAUGCGGUGUUAGAGUAAUAGGUUCUGGUUAGAUACUAAUUGUUGUAUUUCUACUUUAUGUUACAGCUAAUAGUUUGAGAUUAGAAGCUGAAGUCGGACUACUGCAAUUGGUACAAGGACGAUGGUGGAUUGAGGGUAGGCUUCUGAAGUGGUAGGAAGUUGAAGAGACAGAAAUUGGAAACGAUAGAUAAUGAUGUGAAGUUCGUGUUUAGAGGUAAGACUAGUGUGAUUUGAAGGUUGUGGUAGAGUUACAGAGAUGAGAAAUGGACAGCAACAGCGAUCUGGUGGUCAAAGUAGUGGUGGUGGUGGAAUAGGAAGAGGAGGAGAUAAAAUUAAUGCUCUUGGUAGACUCUUAUCACGAGUACUGCGGCAUAUAGCUUUAGAGAAUAUGAGGAGUGAUGGUUAUGUGAAAGUGACUGAUCUAUUGAAGUUGGAUUUGAAAACAUUCGCCAGCGUUCCGUUGAAUUCACACCCUAUUGAUGAUAUUAGAGAGGCAGUCAGGAAGGAUAAUAAGCAGCGCUUCGGCCUCUUGGAAGAGAACGGGGAGCUGUUGAUACGUGCGAACCAAGGGCACUCUAUAAAGACAAUUGAAUCUGAUAACUUACUAAAACCCAUUCUUUCAGCUGAAGAAGCUCCAGUUUGUGUGCAUGGAACCUAUACAAAGAAUCUCGAGUCAAUUUUGAACAACGGUCUCAAAUGCAUGAAACGAUUGCAUGUUCACUUUUCAAGUGGUUUGCCAACAGAUGGAGAAGUAAUUAGCGGAAUGCGGCGAGAUGUUAAUCUCCUGAUUUUCCUAGAUGUCAAUAAGGCUUUGAAAGAGGGAAUGAAACUUUAUAUAUCAGAAAACAAGGUAAUUUUGACGGAAGGUUUCAACGGUGUUGUAGCUGUUAAAUACUUUGAGAAGAUGGAAACAUGGCCACAUCGACAACUGGUACACUUGUAGCUAGUUUGAAGAUAAGAAACAACUAUGAUGGACUCACUGGAGGAAGAUUAAGGAAUGGAAAUCUAUCAAUUUCAACAGUCUCUAAUUUUGUAGUCCAGAAUGAAAGUAGUAGAGAUAUAUAACUAAAAUCUGAACUUAUAUAUGAUGCUGAAACUAAAAACGUUUCACCAGUCUUAUGAAGCGACUGGUUAAAGGUUACUUUCAGUACAUUCUUCUUGUUCUGCAGAGUAAUCUCUUUAUUUGUUGAAGUGAUUAUUGCAGAUAAACA